AUGCUGCUGCAGCAGCAGCAGCAGGGGGUGAUGCAGCAACAGCAACAACAAAGAAUUAGAGGAGACGUGCAAGGCGUGUCUACUCUCGAGGGCAACAAAAUGGCAAUGAAAGCCAUCCUUAAGGUGCAGAGCAAGCUGCAGGGUUUUGAUAGAGAAGGGGAGGCCCCCCUCUCGGUGCCUGCCUACGUCGAGCGUCUUCUUAACACAGCACAAAACCCCCACAACCUAUCCAGGCUCUUUGCUGGCUGGAUGCCAUUCGCAUAG